AUGACAAUCACCGAGUCUAUCAAGGAGGCGGUCGGCCUGAACAAUGCCUCCUCUGGCCCCACAAGGGAGGACAUGUCUGCGGCGAGAUUGCCGAUCCAAUAUAGAGACUCGUGCGCCCAUCUACUCAUUCCCCUAAACCGCUGUCGAGCGGAGGAGUACUAUCUGCCAUGGAAGUGCGAGAACGAGCGGCAUUCAUACGAGAAGUGCCAGUACGUGGAAUUCAAGAAGCGAGUGGCCAAGAUGGACGAGCUGAGGGCAGCCAAGGACGGAGCGCGGAGCAAUUGA